CCUACUAACAAAACAACUGAGAGAAUGACAGAGACAAGUACAUUAUAACGUAUUGUAGGUCUAUCAGCAGGCUAAGAUUCUUUUUAUAGACAAAAGUAGUUGAGUUGACACCCAGGAUCUAGUUAAUAUUGACACCCAGAAUACACUAAGCUACUUUUUCCUAUCAGGAAUCAUUAACCACUAGCCUGUAGAUAGACUUUAGUACAUAGGAAGGACUGGCUGGGGUUAUGAAAUAGCGUGCCCUGCACAGACAGAUUCACACUAGGCAAGGAAACACACAUCCACACACAGAAAAGAAGACCCAGAUAGUAAGGAAACAACAACGAAACAAGAAGGCCAAGAAGAAAAAAGUAAAGAGGAAGAGAUUCAGAGAGGCAUGGGCUGGAGGGAUAGUGCUGUUGGGCCGAGGUUGAGACUGUUGAUGUGGCCAGGAUUGUGUCUGCUGGGCCUGCUUUGCUGCCUGACCCUGGAUCCAAGGCCUGUCCAGGGGGACAAGGUCCUGGUGAUGCCUGUCGACGGGAGCCACUGGCUCAGCAUGAAGCUGCUGGUGAAGGAACUGGCAGCCAGGGGACAUGAAAUGGUGGUCCUGGUGCCUGAUGCAUCCAUUCUCAUCCAGGAUUCUGACUACUACAGGGCUGAGACCUUCAAGGUCCCCUACACCAAAGCCCAGCUGGUUGAGGAUGUCAACAAACUUAAGGACAAAAUAUUCCUCAAAGCCCCGGCGAUAACAGAUCUAUUUGUGAACAUACAGGGCCUAGUUAACUGGACUUCCUUGCAGGUGAAAGGCUGCGAGGGUCUGCUGUAUGACAAGCCGCUGAUGCAGCGCCUCAAAGGAGAAGGGUUCCAGUUGAUGCUAACAGACCCCUUCCUGCCUUGUGGAUCCAUCGUCGCUGAGUCCUUCAACAUCCCAGCAGUCUAUUUUCUGAGGGGCAUUCCUUGUGGGCUAGAUGACAUGGCUACCCAGUGUCCCACACCCCCGUCCUAUGUCCCACGCUUGUUCUCUGGCAACAGUGACCACAUGGACUUCCUAGGGAGGGUUAAGAACAUGAUCAUGUACAUUGUGGAGAGCUACCUCUGCAGGGUAAUGUUUGCCAGCUUUGAUGAGCUGACCAGUAGAUACCUGGAACAAGACAUGACAUACAAGGAGCUGUUGGGUCACGGGGCAAUCUGGCUGCUGAGAUAUGACUACACCUUUGAAUAUCCCAAACCCAGGAUGCCCAACAUGGUCAACAUAGGAGGCAUCAACUGUGGCCAAAGAGGACCACUGCCAAAGGACCUGCAGGAGUUUGUAGAUGAGUCAGGAGAGGAUGGUUUCGUGGUCUUUACUCUGGGCUCCGUGGUCUCCCAGAUGCCAGAGGACAAAGCAAAGCAGUUCUUUGAUGCCUUCAGCCGGAUCCCUCAGAGAGUUGUGUGGAGGUACACAGGUGUCGUCCCUGACAACGCUCCAGCCAACGUCAGAGUGAUGAAGUGGAUUCCUCAGAAUGAGCUGCUGGGCCAUCCUAAAGUCAAGGUCUUCAUGACCCAUGGAGGAACCCACGGUAUCUAUGAGGGUAUAUGUAAUGCUGUUCCCAUGGUGAUGCUGCCGUUGUUUGGUGACCAGGGGGACAAUGUACUUCGCAUGGCAGUGAGGGGUGUAGGAGAGGUGCUCAGUGUUUUCGAUAUCACCUCAGAUAAACUGGUGGAGACCCUGAACAAGGUCAUCAACAACUCAAGUUACAAGGAGAAAAUGUUGAAGUUGUCAGCGGUGCAUAAAGACCGACCCAUGGAGCCACUGGAUCUGGCCGUGUUCUGGACGGAGUUUGUGAUGCGCCACCGCGGAGCAGAACACCUGAGACCCGCUGCUCACUACCUCAACUGGAUCCAGUACCACAGUUUGGACGUAAUCCUUCUGCUACUCACCAUAGCGAUCACUGUUGUCGUGGGGACCGUUACAUGCUGCAAAGUCUGUUUCCACAAGUGCUGCAGAGAGAGGAAGACUAUGAAGAAGAAGAGGGAAUGAAUGCAUGUAUAUGAAUGCAAUGUGAACGAAUGAAUGUAAUGUGAAUGAAUGAAUGUAAUGUGAAUUAAUUAAUAUAAUGUGAAUGAAUGAAUAUAAUGUGAAUGAAUGAAUGUAAUGUGAAUGAAUGCAUGUGCCAUUAACUCUAGGUGAAGAUUCAAUUCAAACCCUGUGGUAAAGUGAUGUUUAAUAAAAGUUUCCUGUGUUUGCGAAGAUUGUAUUAGGGUUAGGGUAAACCAAAGAUAAGUGUCUAACCCUAACACCACAGAGAUAAAUAGAUAUCUAACCCUAACACCACAGAGAUAAAUAGAUAUCAACCCCUAAUACCACAGAGAUAAAUAGAUAGAUGUCUAACCCUAUCACCACAGAGAGAAAUAAAUGUCUAACCCUAACACCACAGAGAUAGAUAUCUAACCCUAACACCACAGAGAUAGAUAGAUGUCUGACCCUAUCACCACAGAGAGAAAUAAAUGUCUAACCCUAACACCACAGAGAUAAAUAAAUGUCUAACCCUAAAACCACAGAGAUAAAUAAAUGUCUAACCCUAACACCAAAGAGAUAGAUAGAUGUCUAACCCUAUCACCACAGAGAGAAAUAAAUGUCUAACCCUAACACCACAGAGAUAGAUAUCUAACCCUAACACCACAGAGAUAGAUAGAUGUCUAACCCUAUCACCACAGAGAGAAAUAAAUGUCUAACCCUAACACCACAGAGAUAAAUAAAUGUCUAACCCUAAAACCACAGAGAUAAAUAAAUGUCUAACCCUAAGACCAAAGAGAUAAAUAAAUGUCUAACCAUAACACCAAAGAGAUAAAUAAAUGUCUAACCCGAACACCAAAGAGAUAAAUAGAUGUCUAACCCCAUCACCACAGAGAUGAAUAGAUGCCUAACCCCAACACCACAGACAUAAAUAGAUAUCUAACCCCAACACCACAGAGAUGAAUAGAUAUCUAACCCUAACACCACAGACAUAAAUAGAUAUCUAACCCCAACACCACAGACAUAAAUAGAUAUCUAACCCUAACACCACAGACAUAAAUAGAUAUCUAACCCUAACACCACAGACAUAAAUAGAUAUCUAACCCCAACACCACAAACAUAAAUAGAUAUCUAACCCUAACACCACAGACAUAAAUAGAUAUCUAACCCCAACACCACAGACAUAAAUAGAUAUCUAACCCUAACACCACAGACAUAAAUAGAUAUCUAACCCUAACACCACAGACAUAAAUAGAUAUCUAACCCCAACACCACAAACAUAAAUAGAUAUCUAACCCUAACACCACAGAGAUAAAUAGAUAUCUAACCAUAACACCACAGACAUAAAUAUAUAUCUAACCCCAACACCACAGACAUAAAUAGAUAUCUAACCCUAACACCACAGAGAUAAAUCGAUACUUGUGUGUGGUAACCGUUGCAAAUGAUGGCUCAAUUUAAAUGUAGGAUAAAAUGUCCAACACCCUCCACAUGCUGCGGAUUGAAAUCCAGCUCUAGGCUUUAGGUUCAAGUCGAAAGGGUAUUUCUACUGCCCCCACUUGGCCCUGAGUCUAAACCACAUAGAGUACAUCUGGAACUUCAUUAGGAAAUACACUCACCUAAAGGAUUAUUAGGAACACCUGUUCAAUUUCUCAUUAAUGCAAUUAUCUAAUCAACCAAUCA